AUGCUCCAUAUAGGCAAUGGCUUCUACAUUAAUAAAGAUAUCGCCCAAAAACUGUAUGACUACCAGAGAGACGGAGUUUCCUUCCUGUUUAAACUCUUCAAAGAGGACAGGGGGGGUGGAAUUCUUGGGGAUGAUAUGGGUUUAGGGAAGACAGUGCAAGUGGCUAGCUUCUUGUCAGGAAUGUUUGACUCUGAGAGGAUCAGGACCGUGCUGAUUGUACUUCCGCCUGUACUCAUCACUAAUUGGGAAGAGGAACUUCAUAAGUGGUGUCCUGGAAUUGAUGUCUACAAGUACCACCAAUGCACGCAGAGGGAGAAAGUCCGACUGUUGACCAGGGUACAAUGCAAUGGUGGCGUCUGUCUGACGACAUACAAUACCAUCAUGAAUAGCUAUGAAGAAUUGUCGAAAACACACUCCGGCAAACCAUUUACAUGGGAUUACUGCAUCCUGGACGAAGGCCACAAGAUAAAGAACGCCUACGCAAAGACAGCCAAAGCUGUGCACGGCAUAAUGAGCAAGCAUCGAGUACUACUGACAGGCACUCCCAUCAUGAAUAAUCUAAAAGAAUUGUGGUCGCAAUUUGAUUGGACACACCAGGGUCAGCUACUGGGUACCCUGAAGACUUUUGGUGAUUUAUAUGAGGGACCUAUUAUCAGGGCGCGCCAAAAGGAUGCAUCAGCUCAGGAGAAAAUCUAUGGAGAGCUGAUGAGCAAUGAACUCAACCAACUCAUCAACCCCUUUCUGUUGAGGCGAUUGAAAUCGCAAGUCGUCCGUAAGGAAGGCUCUAAUGCCCCACAGUUAGUUCUAAUGCCGAAAAUGACCCGUAAGAAUGAUUUCAUAUGCUGGUUGAGGAUUUCAGAGGAGCAGAUGAAAAUCUAUAAAGCGUUUUUGUCGUCAGAAGAAGUCAAAUUGUUGCUGCAGACGACUAGAUCGCCGUUGGUGGCCCUGACGACUCUGAAAAAGAUAUGCGACCAUCCGAGGCUGUUUUCCAAUAAGAAGUGUAACAUGCUGGGAGUGUCAGAGGGAUCGGAAGGGUUAGUAGGUCUAAACAACGAUGAAGACGCCGACGAGACAUUCAACGUCUCAACAAUUCCGGAUUCGAUCCUGCUUAACGAGUGUGGGAAGAUGGAGUUCCUAGUGCAGUUGCUGCAGAGGCUGAAACAGGAAGGUCAUCGGUGUCUGGUGUUCUCACUAAGUAGAAGGAUCCUGGAUAUCAUCCAGAAGAUCGUCACCAAUCUCGGACACAAAGUCUGCCGUCUAGACGGCACCAUAAAGUUGAUGGCUGAGAGGCAGCAGAUCAUCAACAAGUUCCAAAAUAAUCCUGGCAAGUACGACAUCUUCCUACUGACGACCAAAGUGGCGGGUGUGGGGCUGACUUUGACUGCUGCCGAUCGUGUUAUUAUAUAUGACCCCAGUUGGAAUCCAGCCACUGAUUCCCAGGCCGUGGACAGAGCUUACAGGAUUGGUCAGACCAAAAAUGUGGUCAUAUAUCGGUCAGUAGUUAUGAUGAUGAUGGUGAUGACCAUGGUGAUGGUGAUGAUGAUGAUACGCGAUGCUAUUGAUGUUUAUGAAAGUGAUGAUGAUAUGUGA